AUGUUACGAUCAACCGCUGCUACUCGCUCAUUCCAUAGCUCCAGAGCCUGGUUGAAGGGCCAAAACUUGACUGAGAAGAUCGUCCAGACCUACGCAGUGGACCUGCCCAAGGGCAAAGUUGUCUAUUCCGGCGACUACGUCUCCAUCAAGCCGGCUCACUGUAUGUCCCACGAUAAUUCUUGGCCUGUGGCUUUGAAGUUCAUGGGACUUGGUGCCACCAAGAUCAAGAACCCCUCACAGAUCGUGAACACCCUCGACCACGAUAUCCAGAAUAAGUCUGAAAAAAACCUGACCAAAUACAAGAACAUCGAGAACUUUGCCAAAAAGCACAAUGUCGACUACUACCCUGCAGGUAGAGGUAUCGGCCAUCAAAUCAUGAUCGAGGAGGGCUACGCAUUCCCCUUGAACAUGACGGUCGCAUCCGACUCGCACUCAAACACCUACGGUGGCCUUGGUUCGCUGGGGACCCCCAUAGUGAGAACAGACGCUGCGGCCAUAUGGGCCACGGGCCAGACCUGGUGGCAGAUCCCACCGGUGGCCCAAGUGGAGUUGAAGGGCAAACUACCACAAGGAGUCUCCGGUAAAGAUAUCAUCGUCGCAUUAUGUGGGCUCUUCAACAACGACCAGGUCCUAAACCACGCGAUUGAAUUCACAGGCGACUCUUUGAACGCGCUACCCAUUGACCAUAGACUGACUAUAGCCAACAUGACCACUGAGUGGGGGGCUCUUUCUGGCCUGUUCCCCGUAGACGAAACUUUGAUCAACUGGUAUAAGAACCGUUUACAAAAAUUGGGCACAAAUGACCAUCCAAGAAUCAACCCAACAACCAUCCGUGAACUGGAGGAAAGGGCGCAGAUUGUUAGACCAGACAACGAUGCCAGCUAUGCCAAAAAACUGGUCAUCGAUCUAUCCACGCUUACCCACUACGUUUCAGGCCCCAACAGUGUCAAGGUCUCGAAUACCGUGCAGGACCUAUCUAAACAAGACAUCAAGAUAAAUAAGGCGUAUUUGGUGUCGUGUACCAAUUCACGUUUAUCUGAUUUACAAUCUGCCGCUCAAGUGGUUUGCCCCACUGGGGACUUAAACAAGGUCAACAAAGUCGCUCCAGGCGUGCAAUUUUAUAUUGCUGCUGCCUCAUCAGAAAUUGAAAAAGAUGCCCGUCAAACAGGUGCCUGGGAAAAAUUGUUAAAGGCUGGUUGCAUCCCAUUACCUUCCGGUUGUGGUCCAUGUAUUGGCCUAGGUGCGGGCCUAUUGGAACCAGGUGAAGUUGGUAUAAGUGCUACCAACAGAAACUUCAAGGGUAGAAUGGGUUCAAAGGAUGCAUUGGCUUAUUUGGCUUCUCCCGCAGUGGUCGCUGCUUCCGCUGUGUUGGGUAAAAUCGGUUCACCUGCUGAAGUUCUAUCCAUAAGUGAGAUCCCAUUUGAUGGUGUCAAGACCCAGAUAACCGAAAACACUGUCUCUGAAGAAAAGGGCGAAACAGAAGCUCCGGUUCCAAAGCAAUCCGUUGAAAUUUUGGAAGGUUUCCCACGAGAGAUCUCGGGCGAGUUGGUCUUUUGCGAUGCUGACAACAUCAAUACUGAUGGUAUUUAUCCAGGCAAGUACACUUACCAAGAUGACGUUCCUAAAGAGACGAUGGCCAAAGUCUGUAUGGAAAAUUAUGACGCUGAUUUCCAAACGAGGGCCCAUCCUGGCGAUAUCGUCAUCAGCGGGUUCAACUUCGGUACCGGAUCCUCCAGAGAACAAGCGGCCACUGCAUUAUUGGCUAAAGGUAUCAACUUGGUCGUGUCCGGCUCCUUCGGUAACAUUUUCUCUAGGAACUCCAUUAACAAUGCUCUGUUGACUUUGGAAAUUCCAACUCUAGUCAAGAAACUACGUGAGAAAUAUCAAGACGCUCCAAAGGAACUCACAAGGAGAACUGGUUGGUUCUUGAAAUGGGAUGUAGCUAAUGCCAAAGUAGUCGUCACCGAGGGCUCUUUGGAUGGUCCCGUCAUCAUGGAACAAAAAGUAGGUGAGUUAGGUAAGAACCUGCAAGAAAUCAUCGUGAAAGGUGGCCUAGAAGGUUGGGUCAAAUCCCAACUAUAA